AUGUUUUUCAGUCAGCAGACUAUUUUAGUCAAGAUGCACAUGCCCAAUGCCACUGACCUAAAGUAUGCCCCUGGAGAUCAUGUGGGUAUAUUCCCUGCCAACUCUCCAGAUAUUGUGGAUGCGAUUCUUGUUAGGUUGGACACAACUAUAGGACCAGAUCAAGUAAUAAGAACAGACAUAUCCACACAGCUUGGUAAAUGGAUUUUAUCCCAACAUUGUGUAGCUUGUCUGCACUCUUCAUGCAUUGUGAUUGUACUGCCUCUUUUGGCAUGUUUUAUUGAAAAUUAAUAUUUUUAUUGAAAUAGAAAAAUUAUUUGAAGGAACAAGUCUCUUCAGUGUGGUCAAACACAAAAUGUAUUUAAUCAAUUAUUCGUUUCAUAGCACUCAAGUAGUCUAAUAAUAACUUUCAGCUUCCCAUAAUAUUCUAACUAUUUUUUAAUCAUCCCAAUUUUAAAGAAAAUUUAAUCAGAUACAAUAUUAUUUGAACAUUACAGAAGGAACCAAUGAAACUUGGAGAAGCCACGAGAAGUUGCCCAAUUGUUCUUUGCGUACAGCUUUCUCAUUUUUGUUAGAUGUGACCACUACUCCCUCACAAGAAAUACUGCAGGUGUUGGCCAGUCAAGCCUCAAGUGACAUGGACAAACAUAGACUUCAACUCUUAGCUACG